AAUAAUACUACUUUCAAUUUCUUCAAUAUAAUUUGUUUUGUCAUUUCCAUUAAUGUCAUUUCCUUCAAUAUAAUUAUUGGCAAAUUGGAAUUUCUUAAGGUUUCAAAUUUAGAUUUCCAGUCCAAUUAGAAACUCCUCGCUGAUAUCGACGCUUAACAUAGCUCUAUGGCAUCCAAUCUCUAUGAAAAAGUCUUUCUUCUCGCCAAACUUGCGAAGCUUUUCCACUUGGAUUAAUAAGAUUAGUCAGGUAAUUGCUACAAACACCCCAACAUGGGUGCUCCAUUCAGCCACUCUGUGCCUCUUUGGUUUGUUUCUACUAUUAUUCUCCAUCAUAAUAUGCUAGAUCCAGCCAAUGAUUUAUUUCUAUUUCAUUCUUUGACAUGGCUGUUUAGUGAUAUAUUUUAAUGGAAUUCUUAUUCUUUCUUGCCUCUACUCUAGGAUGAAUGAAAUAUGUGAAUUUUGAAUUUUCAAAUCUUUUGAUAGUUCUGACCUAUUUGAUUGGCUGGAAAAAUUAAAAUUCUUAAAUGAGUGAAGCUCCCAAAUAUGUUCAACCUUAACCUUGACGAAACUCAUUAUUUGUUUUGUGGCGAAAUGAGGGUUAUGCCCUCUCGGGCUAUAUUUAACUGGUUUUGUGAUUUCUCCUAUUUUGCCAUUGAAGAACUUUGUCAAACUAAAAUUGAAUGAAAUUUUUUAUAUAGAUUGAUAAAUUAGAAUACACGAUAUUUUUCUAUAUAUAUUUCAUGCCUUUCAAGUGUUUUAUAAUUAAGGCGCCUUUAUAGGGUUCAUGUUUGCAAACAUUGCUUGGCAUCCAAAAAAGUAAAUGCUCGUUUUACUUUAUUUACUUCUUGCUGUUAUUAUUUUUAUGAUACUAGAAUACUUUUUUUUUUUUUUAUGACAUGCAUAUAACAAGUAGGCCUUUAGAAUCAUUUUAUGUAAUAAAAUCAUGACCAACUUUAAAUUUGUUAAUUGUUGCUCUCUCAUUACUGGGGGAGAAGACAACUCUUCUUUCACCUGAGCUAGUUAUUGCAUCUGGCAUUCCUUGUAGGUGUGUUUUUCUUAUUCCUUUCAGUAAGUUGCAUGCUAUUAGCUUGUCUCUUGUUCCAUUAAGGGUUUCAAAAUGCAUAGCUAUGCCAAAAGUUAUUGCCCCAUAUAGAAUAGAGUGCAAGGCAUUUGCUUCUUGUACUGAUUUUCUAUCUUGAAGUUCUACUCAUAUAUAUUUUGGUUUCUUCACUUUCGGUUAAUAGAGAAUGUUGGUGAAUUUGUUGUGACUUCCCUGAGGGCAUAUAAUGCAGGAUUUAGCCACGUUUUAAUUGUGGGGAAGCUACAAAUUUUGGAACUCCACGGUGGCUUUAUGUAGCUAAAGAAGCUGCGCUAUGGUAACCUUCUAUGAACCAUCUUCCUAUGCUUUCUCAUCAACAACUGCUAUGUGUGUUGUCCAUGUCUUUUUUUUCAAGGUGGAAAACUUCCGUCACUAUAGAUACAUUUGUUUGUAGUGGAGAGAAAGAAAGGAGCAUAUGAGGCAUUCAACUUUGAUGGGUUGUUAAAAGACAAAAAGGAUUCCACAACAUUUUGAAGUUGAAGUGCUUUGGGAGAUUAAAAAUGGAGGAAAGACAGGUAAUGAAUCUUUAGUGGAACUUGUAACUUGUAAGAGGGCUAAAUAAGAGAGAGAUAGGAAGAAAAAGUGAAUGCUAAGAGAGACAAAAAAAAGAGGCACCAAAUAAGAGAAAAAGGAAGAAAAAGUGAGUGAUGAGAGAGAUAGGAAGGAGGGAGGACUCAAAAUUCU